ACAGUAUUUUUCAGAAUGGACUGUCAGCUUGGCUCCGUAUACAUCAAACCAAGCUACGCUUUCUGUGACUUAACGUGACGUGUGUCAAAAGCUUGUGGUCAUUCUGUGAGCGACUUCAACGCUGCUGAAAACCGCCUGGGUGUUAGCAAGCGUCGCCAGGCAAAGCCUCUGCGCAGGACUGAGGCUUGAGUGCAGGCGAAGAUGAGGAGCCGCAGUAAUUCAGGAGUGAGGCUGGAUGGAUAUGCCAGGCUGGUCCAGGAGACUAUCUUGUGCCACCAGAACCCAGUGACAGGGCUGCUGCCUGCCAGCACCCACAAGAAGGAUGCCUGGGUGAGGGAUAAUGUGUACAGUAUUCUAGCUGUGUGGGGGCUGGGCAUGGCUUAUCGCAAGAAUGCAGACCGGGAUGAGGACAAGGCCAAAGCUUACGAACUGGAGCAGAGUGUAGUCAAACUGAUGCAAGGACUUCUACGUUGCAUGAUGAGGCAGGUUGCCAAAGUGGAGAAGUUCAAACAUACUCAGAGCACCAAGGAUUGUUUGCAUGCCAAAUAUGACACUCCCACCUGUGCCACUGUGGUUGGAGAUGACCAGUGGGGUCAUCUUCAGGUGGACGCCACCUCCAUUUACUUACUGAUGCUGGCACAGAUGACAGCGUCAGGUCUUUGUAUCAUCUCAAACAUGGAUGAGGUAGCUUUUAUCCAAAACUUGGUCUUCUACAUAGAGGCAGCAUACAAGGUGGCGGACUAUGGGAUGUGGGAGCGUGGUGACAAAACCAACCAGGGAAUUCCGGAACUCAAUGGUAGCUCUGUCGGAAUUGCAAAGGCAGCUCUUGAGGCUAUAGAUGAGCUGGAUCUUUUUGGUGCCCAUGGAGGCCCGAAGUCGGUCAUCCAUGUUCUUCCUGAUGAAGUGGAGCACUGUCAGUCCAUUCUGUGCUCCAUGCUGCCUAGAGCUUCUACUUCCAAGGAGAUAGAUGCUGGUCUUCUGUCUGUUAUUUCUUUCCCUGCCUUUGCAGUGGAGGAUGCUGACCUGGUGGCCAUCACCAAGUCAGAAAUCAUCAGCAAAUUGCAGGGACGUUAUGGCUGCUGUCGCUUCAUUAGGGAUGGAUAUCGUUGUCCUAAAGAGGACCCAUCCCGGCUGCAUUAUGAUCCUGCUGAGCUGAAACUGUUUGAGAAUAUUGAAUGUGAGUGGCCGGUAUUCUGGACUUACCUCAUUCUUGAUGGUGUCUUUACAGGAGACCAAGUGCAGGUGCAGGAAUACCGUGAGGCACUGGAGGCUGUUUUGAUCCGAGGAAAAAACGGCAUCAAAUUACUGCCUGAACUUUAUGCUGUACCAAGUGACAAGGUGGACGAGGAGUACAGCAACCCCCACACUGUGGAUAGAGUAGCCACGGGACAGGUGCCUCACAUGUGGGGACAAUCACUUUACAUCCUGAGCUGUCUUCUUGCUGAGGGCUUUUUGGCACCAGGAGAGAUAGAUCCUCUCAACAGACGCUUCUCUACCAAUUUAAAACCAGAUGUCGUUGUGCAAGUUUGUGUCUUAGCAGAGUCAGAGGACAUCCAGAACUUGUUGAGUGAUCAUGGCAUAAAGGUCCAGAUGUUGUCUGACGUUCACCCUAUUAGGGUCCUGCCUGCUCGCAUCCUGAGCCAUGUCUAUGUCCGACUGGGGAAUUGCAAAAAGCUAAAUUUAAGUGGGAGGCCUUACAGACAUAUUGGAGUUUUGGGAACAUCCAAGUUUUAUGAGAUCAGGAACCGCUCUUAUAUAUUCACCCCUCAGUUUCUGGAUCAGCAUCAUUUCUACUUGGCCCUCGACAACCAGAUGAUCGUGGAGAUGUUGCGAACGGAGGUGGCCUACCUCUCCUCCUGCUGGAGAAUGACAGGACGGCCCACUCUGACUUUCCCCAUCACCCGCAGCAUGCUUGUGGAAGAUGGCAAUACAAUUGAUCCGUGUAUCCUAGCUACACUCAGGAAGCUGCAGGAUGGCUAUUUUGCUGGAGCAAGGAUGCAGAUGUCGGAGCUCUCCACUCUGCAAACCACUUCCUUCCACACUCGCCUCAGCUUCCUGGAUGAAGAGACUGAUGACAGCUUGCUUGACGAGGUUGAGGAAAAGGAUAAAGACUAUGGUGAAGAAUACAGCAACUGUGAGCCUUCGGAUGGCUCAAACAACAUGUUUGACCAGUACCUCACUCAGCUUCUCCACAGCACCACCACCCGGCGUCAUCUUCCUCCCAUCCAGAGCGGGCAGCACCACGUGUUCAGUGCUGAACACACCACCAGAGACAUCCUGUCCUUUAUGGCCCAGGUUCAGGGUCUUCACGUGCCCAAGUCUUCCAUGUAUCUUCCUGUUACUCCUCUCAUGAACAAGCACCGUAAAUCUCUCAACCUGCUCGAGGUACCUCAGCCUAGCCCACAUGGAGUAAAGCACAAGUCUCACAGCGCUGCUGAUCUUCACCUGCCUCGAGAUGCGCAGGGCAACACUGACUUUGCAUCACUGGUGAGGCAGCUGAAGGAGUGCCCCACUCUGCAGGACCAAGCGGACAUUCUUUAUGUCCUCUAUGUGAUGAAAGGAGCUGAUUGGCUGGUAGAGUUGUCAGGUCCGGGCCAGGGUGGAGCGAGCGUACGUACCCUGUUGGAGGAGCUGUAUGUACAAGCUGGAGCUUGCAAGGAAUGGGGUCUCAUCAGAUACAUUUCUGGAGUACUACGCAAAAGAGUGGAGGUCCUCUCUGAGGCCUGCACAGAUCUUAUUUCUCACCACAAGCAGAUAACAGUGGGUCUUCCUCCUGAACCCAGAGAAAGAGUCAUCACCGUUCCUCUUCCUCCCGAGGAGCUGAAUUGUCUCAUCUAUGAAGCCAGUGGUCAGGACAUCAGUGUUGCUGUUCUUACUCAGGAGAUCAUGGUCUACUUAGCCAUGUAUGUGCGCUCCCAGCCCGCCCUGUUUGGAGACAUGCUCCGACUCAGAAUAGGACUCAUCAUGCAAGUGAUGGCCACUGAGCUGGCUCGCAGCCUGCGAUGCUCUGGGGAGGAGGCCUCUGAAAGCCUGAUGAGCCUGAGUCCUUUUGGCAUGAAGAACCUGCUGCAUCACAUCCUUAGUGGCAAGGAGUUCGGGGUGGAGAAAAGCAUGCGGCCUAUCCAGUCAACAGCCACCAGUCCUGCCAUUUCCAUCCAUGAACUAGGACACACCGGAGCCACCAAGACGGAGCGUUCAGGAAUACAUAAACUCAAGAGUGAGAUCAGACAGUUGGAUGACUCUCGGCCACUCAGUAUCCUCAGCGGUGGCGUCUCCACAUGCAGCAAUGUCACUUCGCCGCGCUCCACGCAUUUCCAGCUCUGCAAUAUUCGCUGCAGCAGCCCCUCCACCCCGAGUGGGAUGUUGUCCCCAGUGGGCUCUGGUGCAGGCGACGGACAGCUGCACUGGGAGGAGAGGCAAGGCCAGUGGUUGAGAAGACGCAGGCUGGAUGGAGCUAUCAACAGAGUACCAAUGGGUUUCUACCAGAAGGUGUGGAAGAUCCUCCAGAAGUGCCAUGGUCUGUCCAUUGAUGGCUAUGUGUUACCAUCUUCUACUACAAGAGAGAUGACAGCGAAGGAAAUCAAGUUUGCAGUGCAGGUGGAGUCUGUCCUCAACCAUGUGCCUCAACCGGAAUACAGACAGCUGCUGGUGGAGACUUUGACGGUUCUUGGCCUGGUAGCGGAUGUGGAUGUUGACAACAUUGGUGGCAUCAUCCAUGUGGACCGCAUCCUACACAUGGCUAACAACCUCUUCCUCUGCGACCAGAAGUCUAAAAGCGCCUGUGAGUAUUUCCUGGAGAAGGAUCCAGCAACGGGCAUCUGCAACUUUUUCUAUGAUAGCGCCCCCAGUGGUCGCUAUGGCACAAUGACAUAUUUGUCCAAAGCUGUCAUCACCUACGUCCAGGACUUCCUGCCGACUUCCAGCUGCAUGAUGCAGUGACAAACUUGAGUGCAUGUGCUCGACUCCCAAGCUAUCAUAUUGGUAUCGGUGAUUAUUUUGAUGUAUUAUUUUAAUUGGGUGCACAAGGUGGAAUCUGGGAUUUCCUUUCAUUUAUACAGGGUUAAAAUGAUACAUGUUCAAACAUGUAGUACCCACCGGUACUUGGUUAAAUGUCCGUUGGCAAGGUUCACAUCGACCCAACAAGCGUCUGGCAUGAUACAGGCUGGUAUAUUUUUGACUUUGUGUAAGUAAGUUAGAGAAGAUCGCAAAUACAUUCUAACUUGUGCACCCAAUUCUUGCUUUUAAAAAAAUCAUUGAAGAUGUACGUUUUAUUAUCAUCCGCCAUGGAAAAAGAACGGUUCAAAUAAAUCAAUAAGAGCCCAGAAUGGGCAACUGUAUUUAUUACUCGUCAAGGAGUGAUGAUUUGUGAAAUACGCUUGCGUGUACACCAAGUCAAGUGAGGAUAAGAGCUUCUGAAUGGAGAAGCGAUACCAGAUAUGAGCUAAAAGGGAAAGUGCACAGCCAGCACGUGGUACAGUAUGGUAUGGUAUGGUAUGGUUUGUUUCAGACAUGCUUAACAGGAACAUCACAUGGUUACAGUUGCACAAUUUAAAGGAAAACUGCACUUAUUUUUGGAAUUUUGCCCAUCAUCCCCAAUCUUUAUGUGAGACAUGAACACACGUCUUUCUCUUUGUGUGUUCUAAAGAUAUAAAAACAGAUAAAAAGACGGAGCUAAGAAUGCACACAAUGGGAAACACAUUCCACCUAUAAAGCCUUCUGGAAAAAAAAACAACUCCAAAAAGCAUCAACAGUGCUCAUUUACAUAUAAUGUGACAUGCAUAUUAACCAAGCUGUAGCAACAUUGUUAUUAACAUUGUUAUGCUGAUCGAGCUACGUUACUGGCAUAUUGACUCCUCCUUGCCAUACCACACUGGCUAGCUAGUAGCAGGCUAGCAACUAGCUUCACCACUAGCUUGAAAAAGUUAAUGCUAGGUGUAGGCUUUUGUUUCUGUGUUCCUGUGUUAGCGGACCAUCAUUAUGAGGCAAUGGACAGACACAAAAUCAAUCAAUGUACAGAAGACGUGAUUAAAAUAAUGAUUUAUUCCUGUGUCAGUGAACAGGCGAACACACAAUCCACAACACUAAAGUUAGUGCAGUGUGUUUUGAUCAUUUUCACUAAUGCUGAGGCUUAUUUGUCCAUGCCUAUAAUACCAGUACUUACCUCUUUCUUUCUAAUAAGACAAUCAAGUAUAUCAUAGCCACAGAAUCUGCUUCACACUUCAGUCCACCUGCACAAUCUAAGAUCAAGAUGUGAAAAAUCCCCCCUUCGUAUGGGUAAUAAUGCACAGUUUAGCUCAAUUAUUGCAUCUUAUUUUGUUGUAAAGGCAUAACUUGUCUUUUUUCUGUCCCGUUUGAAUUAGUUUUACAUUCUAAAGAGUGUCCAGUGCCAAGUUUAGUGUCUGAGGGACAGAUUAUGUUAUGUCUUGUGUUGAUUUGUCCCUUUCACAAAUACUUGUCUCCAUCAGUCUUUCCGCUGACAAUCUUUGUUGUCCAACUUGUGCACCACUCUGAAGGCCUCCAGGAACUCUGUGAAGUCUAUACUGCCAUCCUUGUUGAAGUCAAUGCUGCGGGCCAGGUCAUCAAUUGCGCCAUUGGUGAUGUCCAUCCCCAGGUGAGCGCUGAAGAGGCGCCAUGUGUGACGGAACUCUUCGAUAGAAAUCAGACCUGCACGCAACAAUGACUGUGUGACACCCCGGUUUUGAGGAACAUGUGUUGAACUCCUCUUCACAGUGAAGUGAAGUGCUUCUCUACCUGAAUGGUCUUUGUCUAUAAUGUUGAAUAUGAUCUCAAUGUCUGUCCUGUAUCGGAAUAGAGUCUCUGCCAGAUUAGGUGUGACCUAAACAGAGUAAGAAGGCAAGUGUUAUUUUUGAUCAAACUUCAUCAGAUGUUGGAAAAAUCUGUCACAUUUUCUAUGCCGCUUAUCCUACUUAGGGUUGCGGGGGUGUGCUGGAGCCUGGCUGACUUGGGACGAGAGGCAGGGUACACCUUGGACUGGUCGUCAGCCAAUCGCAGGGCACAUAUAGACUAACAACCAUUCACACUCACAUUCAUACCUAUGGACAAUUUACAGUAAACAUGCAUGUUUUUGGAAUGUGGGAGGAAACCGGAGUAAAAUUGUUGGCCCUUCCAGGGAUCCUUAAUGUGAUAUUGUAACGUGUAUCUUCUGACACGUACAGCAGUUGAUUAGAAGUAUGAAUUACUUUAUCCCCAAAAGAAAUGCCUGAGGAGAUUAUAUGGACCUGCACAACUCUGACAUUGUCAAUCACAACUGAGCACCUCAUUAUCACACGCUGAAUUUUUAAGCACUUCUCCUACUGGAUCUGAUGACAUUGUGCAGAUGGAGCUAACGUUAUGGCCAGUGAGGGCCAUACAGUCUCUGACCUGUGGCAGUGGCAUCCCUGGUCCCAUAUCCUCAAAGCAGGACUGAUAGUCCACACGUCCAUCUUUUGCCAGGUGAGCUAAAUGUGGACGAAGAGUCCUCCAUGGCAAGUCCAGCCUCAGGACAGACUCCAACACCUGAGCCCAUUCACUGACUGUCACCGUCCCUGGAAAUGAUUUGCUUGGUGUUAAAAAAAAAAAAGUUGAAUACAUAUGAACACAGAGGACAAGGGGUGCUUGAGGCUUACCAGUGGUUUUCUGGUCGUACUGCUGGAAGCCUGCAAUUAGGUCAGAGCGAUGGGCAAACACUUUCUCUUUUAGAGCCCUGAGAGCUGAUCCCUCUGCAGCGCACACUCUGUGGAAACAAACAUAUAAAACUAUUGCCUUGUAACCUGUGUGUCCACAGGUCCCAUUAAAGUAAAGAACACAGUCAUAAAUGUGACAACAUGGUUUGUUUUUGUUCUGUUUUGUUCAUUUUCAACCACGUAUGCUGUUCAGGGUCACAGGUGACCAGGUUCGAUUUCGACAUUACAGUCGAAAGGGUUGCCAAUUCCCUGAAAAGUAAAUAACGGACACCUUGUUGGCAGGUGGUGCAAAAACUAAAAGCAAACAGCAGCAGAGGCUGAGAUUAGCUGUUCCUCGCCAUACACACACCCUCACGCCAAAUUUUCAUGACACUCGGGACUUCUGAUCAAAAUCAUUUAUUCCACCAAUCAUAAUGUGCUUGUACAUUUGUGCUAAACUAGUCUUUCUUUGAAAAAAUUUAGUAAGCAUUUGGCUGUCUGUCAUGCUGUGUUGUCGCUCUGCUGCCGCCUGUCUGCCAU